AUGGCAGGCCCGAUCAGACACAAGGCCCUCAUUAAUGUCGACAUGGGCGAAGGAUAUGGGAAUUGGGCUAUUGGUCCAGACGAUGAUUUGCUUCCCUUUAUCGAUCAUGCCAAUAUCGCGUGUGGUUUUCAUGCAUCUGAUCCUCUAAUCAUGAUGGAAACAGUCCGUAACUGCAUUAAACACGGUGUCAAAAUCGGCGCGCAUCCCGGUCUCCCCGAUCUACAAGGCUUCGGACGACGAGAAAUGAAGCUCAGUGCCGACGAGCUCACCGCUAUAACCGUCUACCAGGUUGGCGCGUUGAAGGGGUUCUUGGACCGAGAGGGAGUGGCUUUGCAUCACGUCAAGCCACACGGCAUGCUGUAUGGGAUGUGCUGCAGAGACUACGAAACCGCCAAGGCCGUCUUCCUAGGCAUUCCAAAGGGCGUGCCGGUGUUUGGCCUGGCUGGUACAUACAUGGAACAGGCUGCCAAAGACUUGGGGAUUGAGUUUAUUGCUGAGUUUUAUGCCGACGUCAAGUACGACGCGGAUGGCAAGGUAGUGGUAGAACGGAAGAAAGGUGGCUGGAAGACAGAAGAUGUCCACACUCGGGUCACGCAACAGUUGGAAACAUGUACUGCGCCGGCAAUUGACGGUUCAACGUGUUCGUUUCCCAUUAAUGACUACCGCGUUUCGAUAUGCUGCCACUCAGACGUGCCUGGCUGCCUAAAUGUUGUCAAGACAACCCGCGAAGCCGUUGAUGCUUUCAAUAAGAAGUAUUUUCCUGACCCGUAG